CAUGGGGAUGCUCACGAGGAGUGUUUGGGGGAUAUCAUCGUCAUCAUCCGCGGCUGUUUGUGCGUCAACAACCGCGGGCCGCGGCCCGCGGCCCUGGCGGGGCGCGGUGGCUGCCGCGCCAUGGAGCCCGUUGCGGGCCCCCCCGAGGCUCCCGUGGCUGGCCGGCCCAAGAGGGGCAGGCCGUUCGGAGCUCUGAGUCGCCCCAAGGCCAUGCGGGUGGCCGAGAAGGAGGCCGCAGAAGCUGCCAGGGCGGCCAGGGCCGCUGGCCCCAGCACGGUCAGCGCGAGGGAUACCCACGGCAGAUACUGCAAGCGGGAGCAGCAGGAGCAGGGGCACCACCAGCAGGACGGUCACCAAGACUGCUUGAUGAUGCAGCCGUGGCAACCACCGCCGCGGACGCCAUUGUCAACCCCUGAGCUGACUAUCAGCAAGGUGCCCGUGAGGGAUGA